AUGCAGCAGGGUAUCAAGGGACGGGGCCACGGCAAGGGACGGGGCCACGGCUCUAGUAUGAGACGGGAUCAGAAGAAAAGGACUACCAGCGAAGGACAGGGGAAGCGAUGGACGGAGCCGGCAGCGAGGGACGGGGCCGCCAGCGAGGGACGGGGCCGCCAGCGAGGGACGGGGCCCGCCAGCGAGGGACGGGGCCCGCCAGCGAGGGACGGGGCCCGCCAGCGAGGGACGGGGCCCGCCAGCGAGGGACGGGGCCCGCCAGCGAGGGACGGGGCCCGCCACGAGGGACGGGGCCCGCCAGCGAGGGACGGGGCCCGCCAGCGACGGGGCCCGCCACGAGGGACGGGGCGCGCAGCGAGGGACGGGGCCCGCCAGCGAGGGACGGGGCCCGCCAGCGAGGGACGGGGCCCGCCAGCGAGGGACGGGGCCCGCCAGCGAGGGACGGGGCCCGCCAGCGAGGGACGGGGCCCGCCAGCGAGGGACGGGGCCCGCCAGCGAGGGACGGGGCCCGCCAGCGAGGGACGGGGCCCGCCAGCGAGGGACGGGGCCCGCCAGCGAGGGACGGGGCCCGCCAGCGAGGGACGGGGCCCGCCAGCGAGGGACGGGGCCCGCCAGCGAGGGACGGGGCCCGCCAGCGAGGGACGGGGCCCGCCAGCUAGGGACGGGGCCCGCCAGCUAGGGACGGGGCCCGCCAGCUAG